AUACUGCUUUGUGUCUUCACUUCUUCUUGACAUCGUUCAUGACUCCAGUCUUGUCUCUUUCGUUGUACGCUUAUUAGCUUGAUCUUAUUAUAUACUUUAGAAGAAAGAACAGAAGAUAACGUGUCAUUUCAUACUAACUUUACGAUCACAAGUAAUUGUAGUAUUUUGCCCAGAACACUGUGUCAAAAAGGCAUCCCUACAAAAUGAGACUUGAAAUAAAAUCAGCUGUAGAGUUUUUCACUCAUAUCUUAUCCAUUCAAGGAUCUAUCCCACCUCACAAGUUGGAAAAGUUUUCACAGUGUUUAGAAGCGUUGUUAUAUACAAAGUUUGAGCAACAUUGGCAUCCACAGAAACCAAUGCUUGGUUCUGCCUUUCGUUGUAUUAGGAUAACACAAAAACACAUGGAUACAGAUAUAGAUAAAGCAGCUUCUAUGAGUGAUGUUACAUUUGCUGUAUUAGUAAAUGCCCUUCCCAGAGAAUUUACAAUGUGGAUAGACCCUGAAGAUGUUUCAUAUCGUAUUGGUGAGGAAGGUUCGAUUUGUAGUAUCUUUAACAAAGAUGGCAAUAACACUGGAAGUCAGACUGAUAGCGGAAUUUUAAAUCAAAGUUGUCAUUCAGAAGUGUCCAGAGCAACACUUAUUUCUUCACCAAAUGAAUCGACAUAUACACAAUGUUGGAGUUGAAAAGAUCAGACAGUCAACUGUAUCAUAUAUGUUUAUUACUGAAUUUUUCUCAGAAUAAUUGUAAAAAUAUGUCUGAUCUUUAUGAAGACAAUCCAAUUUCUUAUGUUAGAUUAUGCUUUUAAUACCAGUUAAAACUGCAACGUCCGUAUUAAUAGCCUAAAAUUUGGUUGAUUUAGAACUCCCACAAUUUUUCUUGAAAAUUAAGUCACAAAAAGUCAUUAUGUGCACAUAUUGUUUUCUCUGGUAUUGGCAGGUAACCGAAUUUUAUAUUUUAAGAUGUGCAUACAGUGUGUAGAUAUUAUUAUAUUGUUAUUAUAAUUAUUCUUAAAAUAUGUAUAAACUUUCUUAGUUUGAAAUAAGGUGUUUACCUCAAAACAAAAUUAACAUGUUGGAGGUCAAUUCCUUUUUGCUUAGUGAAACUUUUCACCUCUGUUGAAGAUUUUCUUAUUAGUGUAGCUCUCUUUGCUGCAAAAGGCAAACUGUAUAAACAGUCUUUUUAUAGGUUACGUAAAUUUUUAUGUUAUUUCAAUCAUAUUUAUGAAAAUAUUCACCUGAAACUUUAACUCUAAACUAAUGUGUAAGAAGGUUUUGUGCAUACAGAUACUUAACCUUUUAUCAGUUAAAGAAUAGUUAUACUCAACAAAACAUCUUAAGACUUGUGACCCUAGUGGUAGUUUAAAAAGUAUGAAAACACAAUCGGGGAGCUAUUUGACAUAUUGUGGUGGAAUUUUAUCAUUUUUAUUCUCUUUUAUUCUAUUUUUCCAUGUAAUGUUAAAAGUGAAUGUGUUCAGCUUGUCAAUUCUUUACAGUAUAUAUAGCGUUUUUGCUUGCGAUCUUUCAUAAACUUUAUUUUUUGUCCUUGUCAGCCAUACUGGUUAUGGUGACAGCUUAUAAAUAUUAUACUGAAUUUUUUUGAAUGCUUUUCGUAGAUUAUAUUCCUUUUCUUUUCCUUGUUUGUUGUGCCAGUGUGAUUUAUCACCUGCAUACAAUUUCUUUUCAAAGUUUGUCUGGACUGAGCCAUCAGUGAUUAUGAUUUAACUGUCUUUAACAUUAGAUUUUUUUAUUUCAAAGCUAAGACUACAGUACACAUCCACUAAUUCAGAUAUAAAAGGGAUUAGAAAAUAUGUUUGAAUAAGAUCUAGCUGCAGUAAACAGAAGAGUUUCAUUAAGGAAAUUGUACAAAAUAGCAACUGUUCAAAUUAACAGCAUUCAAAUUAGCAGAUAUGUAUUAUAUAAAAAAUCCCUCAAAAUUUAAAUUUUUGUUUCGUCAUUCUUGAAAAAAAUAUCCAGGAAUAUAAUCUACAACUAUACUUUUUAAUGUUAAAUCAUCCUUAUGGAGCUAUUGUUAAUUUGUUGUAUGAAUAAUUUGUUUUUGUGUAUAAUAUAUGAUUGGUUUUAGGAUAAGUUUCCUCUUCAUAUUAUAUAUUUUAUUUAUUCCCUGAUUCAAUUUCAACAUGAUUUCAACAUUAUGGGUCUUUUUAAAAAUUUUGCAACAUAAGAGCCUAAAGCUCUUAGAAAUAAUAAAGUACUAGUUAUGAUGCAUUUUUAUGAUACAUUGUUAACUAAUUGGGUUUAGGCCAUUUAAGUUAUUUCCUUCCUACGUUUGAAUGUUUGGCAAUACCAUAUUUUGUUCGUUUUUUUAAAUUCACCUUGAUUUGGGGAUUUCAAAGUUUGUGCUUGGGAUUUCUGAAAUAUAGUAAAAAAUCUUUACACCUCCAAAAAACUUAAAUAAUUUCUCAGACAUCCUGUAAAAGAGGAAUAUUUAGUAAAAUGUAAAUCGAAAAUUUUUUAAAACCUAGCUAUCAAAACCAUCUGUUAGUUUGGCUUUAUAAAUAACUUGUUUAUAAAAGAUGGUCGACAGUUCUUUUUUCAAUGAGAAAAAAGUAUAAAAGAAAAGAAACUAGACUAAUUCUUUUUUCUGAAUUUAUUAUUACGAAGUUAAAGUCAAUUGUUCUUUGUUUUCAUUCAUCAUCGUCGUUGGAGAGGUUGUAGUUAAGCGACCUUCUAACAAUGCAUCCAGCCAAUUAUAUACCUUAAAAAGAAAUGAAAUUACAGUCAUUAAUAAAUUGUAAUCUAUUGAAUGUAUUCCUGCAUACGUCUGUUGUAAUUGCAUUACGAAUGCUCUUAUAAGGUAACACCCAUUUCUGUGCACGGUAGUUUUAAUUUCUCAGUAUUGUAGUAGGAACUAGUGACAUUUUGAGGACAUAAAAUUUC